UUUUUUACCAUUUCCUCAUUACUGAAUAUUUGUGGUUUAAUAAAUACAUUUUGGGUAAUUUCGAUAAUGGGUUAAUGAGUUGUAUAAAAAGGGUAAAACUUCAAACAAAAGUUGUGUUCAAGAAAAAAUGGUUCAUCUUAGCGGUCUAGUUACUUUGACGAUACUUUUUCAAGUUUUUCUAUGCAAAGCAGCUCCGAACAAACAUGCAAAAGAUAACAUUGUUGCGGAUAUAAUGAAUAAAGACAACGAUAACGAAGAUGAAUACAAUUACGAAAAAAGCGAAAUGUCAUCUUUAAAUAAGAUGAGUGAUUAUGGUGGAGGGUACGGCGGCGGGUAUGGUGGAUAUGGUUACGGCAAAAGAGAAGCAAGUAAAGACCAAGAUAAAAGUAAAGGAAAGGGUGGAUAUGGAGGAUAUGGUUACGGCAAGCGAGAGAUAAACGAAGACGAAGAUAUAAGUGAUGAAUACGGGGGUGGAUACAGUGGAUAUGGUGGAUACGGAGGAUAUGGUUACGGCAAAAGAGAAACAAAUAAAGACCAAGAUAAAAGUAAAGAAUAUGGAGGUGGAUAUGGCGGAUACGGUUAUGGCAAACGAGAGAUAAAUGAAGACAAAGAAAAAAGUGAUGAAUACGGAGGUGGAUAUGGCGGAUAUGGAUACGGUGGAUAUGGAGGAUAUGGCUACGGCAAAAGAGAAACAAAUAAUGACCAAAUAAAAAAUGAAGGAUAUGAAGGUGGAUACGGUGGUUAUGGUGGAUAUGGAGGAUAUGGUUACGGCAAAAGAGAAAUAAAUAACGAUCAAUUAAAAAAUGAAGGAUACGGAGGUGGAUAUAGUGGGUAUGGCGGAUACGGUGGAUAUGGUUAUAGCAAAUGAGAAAUAUAAACAUUUAUUUUAUUAUUUUUGUAUGCAAAAAGCAGUUGUAAUCUUUAUUUAAUAUAUUUUUAAACAAAUCGUUGA